AUGCGGAGGCGACCCUCCGCGGCCAGCUUCUUAGAGGGACUAUGGCCGUUCAGGCUAAGGAAGUUUGAGGCAAUAACAGUUGGAAGCAAAAGCGCCACUCUAGAGCCUCUGGAAUUCAAUUUGGCAACCAUUGAAGCUGCAAAAAAUAAGUUUUCACACGAAAACAAGUUAGGACAUGGUGGAUUUGGAGAAGUUUACAAGGGUAUUCUUCCAAAUGACAAAGAAGUAGCUGUAAAGAAACUUUCAAAAGAUUCUAGCCAAGGUACAAAAGAAUUUAAGAAUGAGGUUCUAUUAAUAGCCAGACUUCAGCACAAAAAUUUGGUGGCGUUGUUAGGAUUCUGCAUAGAAGAGCAGGAGAAAAUGCUUAUAUAUGAAUACGUUCCCAAUAAAAGCCUUGAUUACUUUCUAUUUGGUUCUCCUAGAAGCAAAGUAUUAAAUUGGUUGGAGCGCUAUAAAAUCAUAGGAGGAGUUACUUGAGGGAUUCUCUAUCCUCAUGAAUAUUCUUGCUUUAAAAUUAUACAUUGUGAUCUCAAACCUAGCAAUAUUUUGCUAGAUAAUGAAAUGAAUGCAAAAAUUUCAGACUUUAACUUGGCUAGAAUGGUUGCUAUCAAUGAAAAUGAGGAAACUAUAAGUAAAAUUGUUGGAACAUAUGGUUAUAUGUCUCCGGAAUAUGUAAUGUUUGGACAAUUCUCUGAAAAAUCAAAUGUUUUUAGUUUUGGAGUUGUAGUUUUAGAAAUCAUCAGUGGAAAGAAAAAUACAAGUUGUCAUGAUCAAUCACAAUAUGCGGACGGCCUCUUAAGCUAUGCUUGGAAUCAAUGGAGAGGUGAAAAAUUGUUGGGGAUAUUUGAUUCAAAUCUAAAAGAAUUUGGAUCAUAUGAUGAAGUGAUAAAGUGCAUUCAGAUUGGUUUGUUAUGUGUUCAAGCAAAUCCAGAUAUUAGGCCUUCCAUGGCUAUACUUGUUCAUUAUCUUAGCAAUGAUUCAAUUCAAUUGCCACUUCCACAGGAACCUGCAUUCGUUCAGCAUGGUCCGAUGGAGCUUACUGUUGGAAGUAAUGAAACAUAUUGCUCAAUGAUGCAUCUAUAA